AUGCUUCGCCGACCUCCCACCACGCUCUCCAUUACCACCGAGGACGUCUCCGCGUAUGAGGACCGUCGCUCCAACGAGGCCCUCGCCGCCGCGCAGCAGGCCAGGGCCGAGGUGCCGAGACCGCCGCGGUGCCGGGUGCUGGCGCGAGCCCCUCGGCGGGCAGGAGGGCGCGCGACGAGCGCAUCGGCCUGGGGAGACGAGCAGGCGGACGAUGAAAGGGGUGUGCACGGGCGAGGGGAUUGGUUGAUGGGUCGAUGA